AUGGCGGGUGUUUAUUCAAUCGAUGUUCACCAAGAGUUCGACACCCUUUGCUCGUCAUUGAAAGGCAGCGAUUUGCUCGAACUGCAGAUCCUGCAGAUUGUUCAGCUCUACGCACAUCAUCUGCACACGGCUGAAUCCGAACAACAUCAACUCAUGUAUGCCGAGGAAUGCGGCGAAGAAGUGACGGCGUUGAUCGAGCAGAAGAUGCCGGGAUAUGAAGUCGACGAGCAUGAGCUGUAUUUCUAUCGGAUGCGCGAGUGUCUCGAGCUGGAGCAGCUCAUCGACGAAUGUUCUGAAGCCGAAAAGGAGUAUCGUCGGAAAGAAUGGCUCCUCGAGAUUUUCAACGACGAUGUCUCGGAUGAUGAUUUAUCCGAUUCUGAGGAAUACGACGAUCCUUCGGAAGAAGUCGGAAUCGACGUGGAAGAGGAGAAGGAAUCAUUCGAUUCCCUUCCAACAUUCGAUAUUGUGGACGAAGAUCGAGUCAUUGCCGCCGUCGAAGCUGAAGUUAUCGCCGAUUCGACCGAUCAUCGACGAUCAACACCAGGCCCAGCUGGACCGGAUGCCAAAUUCCCUGCUGAGAACUUCCUGGGAAGACCAAUGCGGACGCCCCUGGCUUUGCUGUUGCCGACAACCACUACAGCGGGACCGCGCAACGAGAAAAUGGAAUCGCAAUUCAACCGUCAUCAUGGAGCAAGGAACAUUGCUUACGAAGGGGGAACCGCUAUUUUCGCGAAGGAUUUACGAUUCUCCAAGCCAACAUGGACCGCUGGCACCAUCGUCGAACGUACAGGAAAAGUUACAUACCGCGUCAAGUGUCAAGGACAACUAUGGACUCGCCAUGCUAACCAACUCCGACCUAGGAAAGACUGGAACGCGACUGAGACGCUACUGGACCUAUAUGAAAUCCCAAUGCCAAUCGACAUGGAUUCGGACUCGGAUAUCACAACUGCCAUUCAGCGGACCCCAUCUUCUGUUCUACGUCGUUCAACAAGGAUUCUGAAGCCGGUCAGACGACUACAGAUCAAUCCAUCCCGAAACACCUAUGUUUCGAACUAG